CUGAAAUCAGUGUCAAAUUGUUGGAGCCGUCUGCUAUUUAUCGUUAAAAAUAAUAAUAUUAGUUGUUUUCGUAAGAAAUCAAGGGACCUUCCAUGUGUCAAACAAAGCGCAUAAUUUCAAUAAAAAUAAUUUUCACACAUUAUGAAUAGUUUAAAUGAUAUUUGUAAGUCAUUGAAGAUUAGUGUUGAAGAAUUUUAAAAUGCUUUUAAGAGGAUCCACCACGAUAAACGGAGAUCAGCUGUAUAACAAUUCAAGGACUUUGUGAAAAUGUUCUUACAAAGAACCUUAUUUCUUCAUGAAAGCAAAUCGUUUCAAUCGGGUUGAUAGUUUAUUUAAACGAACUUUUUAUAAUUACUUACGUAGUGCAGGCUUGUAUUCCUGAUGUUCUUGACAAUGGCUGAUAGUAAUAAUCGUACUCAGCCUGCUACAUUUAAUGAGUUUAUUCGCAAAUGGAAAAAAAGACCUCAUCCUCCUGUAUUCAAUGGUUUGGGACCAUAUGAAGACAAGAAUAAUGAUUUUUUAUGUCCGAUUUGUUUUGAAAUGAUUUCCGAAGCUCACAUGACAAAAUGUGGACAUACAUUUUGUUUCAAAUGUAUCACUACAAGCUUGGAGUAUAACAAACGGUGUCCCAAAUGUGGUUUCGUUAUAGAAAGUGUUGAUGAAAUUUACCCGAACUUCCUUUUGAAUGAAUUAAUAUCAAAGUGUCAAAGGAAGGAUUCUGAUAAGAGGAUAAAAUCUGCAAACUCAGAUGCUGUUGAUCUUUCAGAACUAGAACAUUUCCUUUCUUCUGAAAAAGCUAACCUAACUAUUGAAGAAAUAAACAGUAUGUUAGAAAUUUUAGCUCGGAAAAAGCAGCAGCUAGAAGCUAAUUGUAGAGAAACUCAAAUUCUUCUUAUGAAAGAAUUUCUGCAAAAAGUUCGUCUUCACAAGCAAGAAGAAUUGAGACGUCUUACACAGCAAGUACAUGUUAUUGACCAUGAUUCUCUCAUUGUACAAGAGAUGUUAAAAGAUCAUCAAAAAGCAAACAAGUCCCAUAGUUCUUUACCAAGUUGUUCCAACAAUAUAAAGCCAGAUCCAUCUACUUCGCAAAAUUGUGGCGACAACGAAUGCUCGUCAAAUAUGCCUAAGCAAGAUGGAUUCAAUGGUAGUAAAUAUGGUAACAAUAUCCACAGCAGUCCUUCCUUAGCUGCCCGCAGAAAAAGGCUUCAUGAACAUUUUAAUGACUUAGAACAAAGCUACUUCCUAUUGCGUUCCAAAGAUUUAAUGUUUUCAACUAGUGCACCAAGGCACUGUUUUCUUUCUAGUGGUGAAUUGUCGAGAUCUGGAUUUGACGAUUUUAAUGAAAGUUUAUCCAAAUUUACAAGAUUUAGUUCUGUCCGACCAUUAGCAUCAUUACAUUAUGCUAACGAUCAUUUCAACAGCUCAAAUAUUGUCUCUAGCAUUGAAUUUGAUAAAGACAAUGAAUUUUUUGCCAUAGCUGGAGUUACUAAGAAAAUUAAAAUUUAUGAUUAUGGGUCUGUGAUACGUGAUUCAAUAGAUAUGCAUUAUCCGAUGAAUGAAAUGCUCUGCAAUUCUAAGAUAAGCUGCAUUAGUUGGAGUUCAUAUCAUAAAUCUAUGCUUGCAAGCAGUGAUUAUGAAGGAACUGUCACUUUGUGGGAUGCUUUUACUGGUGGCAAAGUGAAAACAUAUCAGGAACAUGAAAAAAGAUGCUGGAGUGUAGAUUUCAACAAAAUUGAUACUAAAUUAAUUGCCUCCGGAUCAGAUGAUGCCAAGGUUAAAUUGUGGUCAACAACACUAGAUCAUUCUGUCACUUCUUUAGAGGCCAAAGCAAAUGUCUGCUGUGUAAAAUUUAAUCCAGAAAGCAGGUUUCAUUUAGCUUUUGGAUCAGCUGUGGAGGACAAAAUUACAAGAAACAUUGAUCAUUGUGUUCACUACUAUGAUUUACGGAAUACGAAAGAAGCUUUAGAAGUUUUCAAAGGCCAUAAAAAAGCAGUUUCUUAUGUAAAAUUUCUCAAUAAAGCUGAAGUUGUGUCAGCGUCAACGGAUAGUCAGUUGAAACUUUGGAAUGUCAACCAGUCUAACUGCCUUCGUUCUUUCAAAGGUCAUCUUAAUGAAAAGAAUUUUGUAGGACUUGCCACUGAUGGUGAUUUUGUUGCUUGUGGAAGCGAAAACAAUGCUCUGUAUAUAUACUACAAAGGUCUUUCUACUCAGGUUCUCACAUUCCGGUUCGACACUGUUAAGAGUAUAUUGGAGAAAGAUAAAAAAGAAGAGGACUCUAAUGAAUUUGUUAGUGCAGUUUGCUGGAGAAUGGGCUCCAAUGUUGUUGUGGCUGCCAAUAGUCAAGGUAAUAUUAAGGUUCUAGAAUUGGUGUAAAAACUUAGAGAUUUGUAAAAAAAAGUAUGAUCACUGUAAUUAUUACUGUACAUUUAAUUUCUUGCUGUGAUGGUAAUUUAUAGUACCUGAAGGCAGCUAAAUUAAAGAAAGCCUUUCAACGGUUUUUAAAUUGUG